AGUUUUGUUUUUCAUGUUUUAUUACCAGUUUUUCAAAUGAUUACUUUACGUGUAUUAUUCCUCCUUUUAGCUGUCUUAACUUUAAAAACUUUUUGCGACCAGCACGAGCGCGAAUCCUGCGGCUAUUUGCAAUGUGCCACCAAGCAGAUCACGGGGGAAAAGCACUGCGCCGCCGGGGGACAAACCUGGGGCUACUGCACGUGCGUUGAGGAAGGCGGGAAACGGGUCGAGAAGUAUGUGCGCUGUGAGGAGUUGAAAAUUUUUGACCUGACCAAGGGAAACUGCGUGAAGCAUAGCAAAAAAGCGGAGGAAUCUUGUGGGCAGAGUGGCACGGAGAAGAAGAAGAAGAGUUUGCUGGAGAAGAUUGAGACGAAGUUUAAUGUUUGAGGAAUGGCUUUGCAAAAAAAUAGAUAAAACUGUA